CGGAUUGUUUUGGACUUUCCUUCCGCCGCACUUCCGGGUGGCUUCUGCCGUAGGGGGUCCUGCCUCUAUUUCGUCCCCUCCGGAAAUACCAGGCAGGCUUCUUAAAGUUCCGCUUCUCUGAAGGUUAACCCUAUGCGUAAGGAUAAGAACACGGGAAAGGAUUUCAAGAAAUGGCCUUGGCUAAUCUGCAUUUCCUUUGUCGUUGUUGCCAGCGUUGCCAAAAUUCUCAGCAUCUGGCUUUUUCUUCCACAAUCUAUGGCUGGUCUUCAGUGAGAAAUAUUAGCCACUAUGAAGUUCUGGGGAUCAAACAAAACGCUACUUCAAAAGAGAUCAAACAAGCCUUUUUUAAGAAAUCAAAACAGCUCCAUCCGGACAGCGACCCCGCCAACCCGGAGCUGCACAGCCAGUUCGUGAAGCUGAAUGAAGCCUACAACGUCUUGAGCAAAGAGAGAAGCCGCCGAGAUUACGACGCUCAGCAAACCCUCCGGAAGGCUUGGCCGGGUCCCGAAGCCCAGCGACCUUCGGCCCGAGACCCCUUCGACCCCCUCCACGUCCACCGCCAGCAACGGAGCGGCCAGCAGGCCUGGGAAGGUCAAGGCCCCCGCAGACAUUCGGCGGAAGACUUUUUCCACUCGGAUCACUUCCGAGCUGCCGGAAGAAAUCCAGACCCCUCUGAGGAUGAUGCUUACUGGCAGGAAUUCCACAAAACGCCCCCGGAGUGGUACUCAGACCAGGAGUUCAGGAGGAGACAGCAACGCAACCUGAGGACCGUAAUCUACUGUUUGCUGAUCAUGUCCGGGAGCCUCCUGGUUCACUUUGUAUCCUACAGGCAAAUCGCAAAACUUCACACCGGCUUAAUGAACGAGAGAGACCACAUGAUCAGCCAGGCCCUAAUUAAGGCAAAGGAACAAGGCAGAGCCAGACACAAAGAGCGUCUGCAACAGAAGCGCACCCCAGUUCUCCAGGAAGACCCCACCAAACCCCAGGACUCCGUAAACGAUCCGGUUCCUUCAUCCUCAACGGCCAAGUAAUCCGGUUGCAGCCAGCCCUCUUCCAGCCUGCCGGCCGAGACCCCCAGCAUCACCCCUUUGGACCCCCCUUCCCCUGCUCCCCCAGUCCUGUCCAUAGAAGCCCCUUGUUACUCUC